CUUCUCCUCACGAGGUCAAUUAUCUAUUUGACCUUAAGUCCAACCCUAACUAGGACGGUACGGGGUUCUUUCAUUUUUGCCACCAGGAGACCGGACACACGUUUCUGUCCGAGACCACCCAUAUCUCCAAUGUGGGGAAGUAUCAUCUGGAAUACUUUCUCACACCUGACAUUGCUGCGGCCAACCUGGCAUUCACCCGUGGAGGUCCAUGGUUGCGCCCGACCCCCACUCCAGGAAUGGAGUCGAGGGCAGCACUCUUAACUAGUAUGUUCAAUGCUACUAAGAGUGUGAAAAACUUGAUCACUGAUGCUAACCUUAGGUUGGCUGGCCUUAAGGGCUCCCCUCCUGCGACUAGUGAACCUGCGGCGGGUGGUGCCCAUGAUGGCGUGGGACGCGAGCAGGGUCCCGAGCAGCAACCUCAGUCACCCCCUCCUAGAAGGAGGCCAACUGGGGUUACAAUCAGGGAACCUGCUGCUCCCCACCGAGCAGCAGAACUGACGGUCCCCAAGGGCAAGGGGAAACAAAAGGCUGUUGAGCCUGCCGAACAGUUUGACGACUCGUCGGAUGUAUACGGUACACCAUUUUCGUUUUUAAAUAACCUGCCCAUUCUCAUCCACCUGUUUGAUGGGAAUGGCAACUUUAGGAACGCUCCUUCUUUAAAUUUAGAUUUCUUCCAGGAACUAGGUAGUUCAGUAGAAAAUGUUCCAACCAGCAUGGACUCCGGGGACUUCUUUGCUCACUACCAGGCUGCUGCCGAAGCUUCUGCCCCGAAAAAGGAUAGUAAAAGAGCUCGUGGAGAAAGCAGCAAGACCCCCGCGAAGAAGGCCCGAACAGAAGAUGCUCCUGCCGACGCCCCCUCCAGAGAGGACUUAACACAUCCACCCGCCCCCGAGCAACAAACUCCCGCGCCUGCCAACCCUCGGCCCUCCUCAAAGGGAUUCUUGUCCUUGACCGCCAGCUGGCGUCAAUCUGGGGCGAUGGUUUCUCGAGAGAGGAACUUUGACGCCAGGCUUGCCCAGGCCAUGCAAGCGCUCGAGGAUGAGAAGGCUAAGCUGCUCGAGGAGAACAAGGAGCUGGCCAAGCUGAACGAGUAA